CUGGGUGGGCUACCAGUACCCCGGCUACCGUGGCUACCAGUACUUACUCGAAAUGGGCUCCUACAAGCACUGGAACGACUGGGGGGCCCACCACCCUCAAAUCCAGUCCAUCCGCAGGGUGAGGGACAUGCAGACGCACCGCCGGGGCUGCUUUGAGCUGACUGCUUAGACAAGUCUGGAAUGGAGAAAAUAAAGAGGAACGACUCAGAACUGUGACGCUGCUGAACAUCUCUGAAAAACACCACUUAGUUAAAGGUUUUUGGAUGAAGUUAUGGCUUUUACAGGUGAAACUGAAAUCACGUUGGACUGUAAAAGACUGCAUGAGAUGCAGUAACCAUCCUCUUUGUCCACUGGACCCAUAAAAAGUUCUAUUUUUCAA